UUUUGAUUAGAAAGAUUAAUUGUAAUUAGUACAGUAAUUAUUGAUAAAUUGGAAAUGAAGUUACAUGUAGAAAAAGCAAGUCUUUUUGGGAAAAAGGAAAGAAGAGAACUUGAUUUGAUUUGAUCCGAUCCCAAACCAAACCAAAACGAAAAUCAAUUCCUAUCCAAUCCAAAUUCAGAGCUUUUGGGAUUGGAAAUGUCCGGAGAAGAAGAAGACUACGGCGAAGCUACUCGGCUACUGAGAUCUUCACCCUCCGAUCAUCCAGUAUCCGCAUUGGCAGUGAUAACACCGUCUAUUGUCGAUGAUUUGGAAUCUCAGGACCCAAUCUCCAACCCCAAUCCCAAUUCCACUUCCACUUCUUCCCCUUCUCUUCUCAAGGGCCUUUUCACCCGUCAUUUUGAUCCACCUUUCUCCCCUCGCCGCCUCAGUUUCAAGCGCCGUGAACGCGAACGAGAACGGGAACGCGAACGAGAACGAGAUCGAGAUCGACUAACUGCUACUCCUCAUUCGGAUUCUGAUUCCGUCGAUACUCUUGCCGACUCCGCUCCUCCCGAAUGGGCUUUGCUCCUUAUUGGUUGUCUUCUUGGCCUCGCCACCGGUCUCUUAGUCGCCGCUUUUAACAAUGGGGUGCACGUUAUACAUGAAUGGGCAUGGGCUGGUACUCCGAAUGAGGGAGCUGCUUGGCUUCGUGUGCAGAGACUGGCAGACACUUGGCAUAGGAUUCUUUUGAUACCAGUCACUGGGGGAGUUAUUGUUGGGAUGAUGCAUGGUUUACUUGAAAUAUUAGAACAGAUAAGGCAGUCUACUUCUUCCUCUCAAACUCCUGGACAAGGAUUUGAUUUGCUUUCUGGGGUCUUUCCCACCAUAAAAGCAAUCCAGGCUGCUGUCACUUUAGGUACUGGUUGUUCAUUGGGUCCUGAAGGUCCUAGUGUGGAUAUUGGAAAAUCAUGUGCAAAUGGCUUUUCUUUAUUGAUGGAAAACAACAGAGAAAGGAAGAUUGCGCUUGUUGCAGCUGGUGCAGCUGCUGGUAUUUCUUCAGGUUUUAAUGCGGCAGUAGCUGGUUGUUUCUUUGCUAUUGAAACUGUGUUAAGGCCUCUUCGAGCAGAAAACUCACCUCCAUUUACAACUGCAAUGAUAAUCUUGGCCUCUGUUGUAUCAUCUACCGUGUCAAAUGUUUCAAUGGGGACACAAUCUGCCUUCACAGUACCUGCAUAUGACCUGAAAUCUGCUGCUGAACUGCCUUUGUACCUCAUAUUGGGUAUGCUAUGUGGUGUUGUAAGCGUAGUCUUUACUCGUUUGGUUGCCUGGUUCACAAAGUUCUUUGACUUUAUCAAGGAAAAAUUCGGCCUUCCUGCCAUUGUUUGCCCUGCUUUAGGUGGUUUAGGAGCUGGGAUAAUUGCUCUCAAGUAUCCUGGAAUACUGUACUGGGGUUUCACAAAUGUUGAAGAAAUCCUGCACACUGGAAAAACUCCUUCGGCUCCUGGAAUCUGGCUGUUAACCCAACUGUCAUUAGCCAAAGUUGUCGCCACAGCUCUGUGUAAGGGUUCUGGGCUUGUGGGUGGCCUAUAUGCCCCAAGUUUGAUGAUUGGUGCAGCUGUUGGUGCUGUAUUUGGUGGUGUAGCUUCUGAAAUUAUCAAUUCUGCAAUUCCAGGAAAUGUUGCUGUUGCGGAGCCACAGGCUUAUGCACUGGUUGGAAUGGCUGCAACUUUAGCUUCAGUUUGUUCAGUGCCUUUGACAUCAGUUUUGCUACUGUUUGAGCUGACCAGAGAUUACAGAAUAUUGCUUCCUCUGAUGGGUGCUGUUGGAUUGGCAAUCUGGGUUCCCUCUGUGGCAAACGUGGGAAAGGAGGCUGAAACAUCUGAUAAGCCAACUUUGGCAAGAGGAUACUCUUCUCUUUCGCCUAGUGAAGACAAAGAUGAAGCUGGUUGGAGACGACAUAAUAAUGGAGAUGAUCGAGAACUCUCUGUUAUAGAAAAAGCUGCUUAUUCUGAAGCGGCUAAUGAAGAUAUUCUCUUAGAAGAUCUAAAGGUUUCUUAUGUCAUGUCAACAAACUAUCUGAAGGUCCCUCUUUCCAUGACUUUGAAAGAGGCAAAAAAGUACAUGCAUGAUAACCAGCAGACAUUUGUCCUGGUUGUCGACGAAGAUGACUUUCUUGAAGGAAUAUUAACCUACGGUGAUAUUAGACGGUGUCUAUCCAAGAAGUCUAGUGAUAUCUCCAAGUCUGACUCAAGAUCUCUGGAUGCAAAUACAUGCCUUGUUUCUUCUGUUUGUACUCGAGGGAUUAGCUAUCGAGGGCAAGUUCGUGGACUUUUAACCUGUUAUCCAGACACAGAGUUAGCAAUUGCAAAGCAGCUUAUGGAGGCCAAGGGUAUCACCCAGUUGCCCGUGGUUAAGCGUGGUAGAGAUUCUUUAAGAGAGAGGAAGCGGAGGAUUGUGGCUGUUCUUCAUUAUGAUUCAAUCUUAAAAUGUCUCAGAGAUGAGAUAAAUCACCGGAAGUUGGAGCACAGAAAAGAGAACAAUUCGGAGGAAAUCAUUGGAAAUGGCCAUUAAUGAGUGCAGCUAUUUUUGAAAUCUCUAGCUGAUUAGAAUGGCACCCGCACCCGCACCCGCACCCGCCAAUACAAGUUAAUGGCCCCUCAACUUUGACACUGCAGCCUGCAGUCCGUUCGACGCUUUCUUGAAUUUCAGCUACAAACUCUGGUGACCGCUGGCUUUCCUACUUUAGGGUCAAAAUUUCAGGGUGGAGGGAGCUGUUAAGAUUGCAUAUACUCAGUGUACUUAGCAACAAAUGAACUAAGACAACAAUAAAAUUUGUAUACUAACACACACACAUAUAGUUUAGGGUAAGUUAGCAAAUUUUCAGCUUGUACAUGGGAGGAUAAAGCGGUUCAUAUUACUGACUUUACUGUUGGAAUGAAUCAUUGGAGGCAUAAUUGAGCUAUACACCAUUAUUUCUUGCUCCCCAACAA